AUGUUAAGAGUCUGUCAGGUUUUGGAUGAGAAAAGCUCUAUAUCGUUAGAGGACAGUAACAUUCGUUUUUUGUCAAUCUAUGGUGAUGCGUUAAAUGCUUUGGAGAUCUCUACUGAACGCCCUGAUGUUCGCUCUCUUUUUCUUUUCAAUGGGAGCAAAAUAAGUGUGAGAAACUCUUCUGUAGUGAAUUUGCUUGAAAGAUUUAAACUUUUGGAGCUGUUGGACUUCGAAAAUGCUCCUCUUGAUGAUCUCCCAAAUGAAGUGGGAAACUUGUUCCUCUUGAAAUACUUGAGCGUAAGGAAUACAAAAGUGAAGACGCUUCCAAAGUCCGUAGGCCUACUACUCAAUCUACAAACUUUGGAUGUAAGAAAUACACUAAUUCGUGAGCUACCAAUCCAGAUCCAAAAGCUUGGGAAGCUGCGACAUCUUUUGGCCAGCGCACAUAACAACAAAAUUAGUUUGGAUUCAAUCCACGGAGUUACGGUAAAUGAAGGGAUUGGAUAUUUGGAGGACUUGCAAACUCUAAUGACUGUGGAAGCACAUGGUAGCUCUUCUGGUUUCAUACACGAGUUGGCGAAGUUGAGACAGUUGAGAUGGUUGGGCAUUUCAAAAUUGAGCGCGGACAUGGUAGACAUUCUCUGCUCAUUUAUUGAGAAGAUGGGCCACCUUGAAUCUCUAAGCUUAUACUUGUCCAACGCUAGUGAAACAAUUGAUUUGGAAUCUAUUUCAUCUCCACCGCCUUUACUGAGGCGUCUCAUAGUGAAAGGACGACUAGAGAAGCUUCCUAAUUGGAUUCUGAGACUUCAGAAUCUAAACAUUUUAGGUUUAAGUUUCACAAGAUUAGCUGUUGAUCCCUUAAAUUUCCUUCAAUUUCUGCCCAACUUAAAGUUUCUUUGGUUGCAUCGAGCAUAUGAUGGUGAGAAACUUCAUUUUAGGGGGGUUACUUUUCAAAAACUGAAGCAACUUGUUUUGACAGAGCUGUAUGAUCUAAGGUCAAUCGACGUAGAGCGAGGAGCAUUGCCUCUUCUAGAAGAGCUAAGAAUUGGAUCUAACCAACAUGACUUGUCAUUUGACAUCCAACACCUAAGAAAUCUCCAACUUCUAGAAUGCUAUGACAUGUCUGAUGAAUUUGUACUUCGCUUGCAACCAGAAGGAGGUUCAGAUUACUGGAAGGUUAAGCAUAUACCAUCUGUCAUUUUCCGUUAUAGAGUUCGAGGGAACCAUUAUGUGUCGUACAAGCUCGGUGAGCCGGGUUUGUUGGACCAUGUGAAAGGGUUAUUCAGAACCACAAAUGUGGAGUUGUAUGGCCGUCAAUUGAGUUUCUUUUACAACGAUGAUGAAGAAUUGGCUAGAACCUCAAAUGCUGAAUGGAGCGACCAGCAUAGCUUCUUCACUGAUGAUAUUGAAGACUGA